AUGAUGUGGGAGCUCCGUUCAGUAGCCUUCACUCGGGCUGUCUUUGCAGAAUUUCUGGCUACCUUGAUCUUCAUCCUCUUUGGUCUGGGCUCUGCUCUGAACUGGCCCUCAGCUUCCCCCAGCAUCCUUCAAAUUGCCCUGGCUUUUGGCUUGGCCAUCGGCACGUUGGUCCAAGCACUGGGGCACAUCAGUGGAGCUCACAUCAACCCAGCAGUGACAGUGGCUUGUCUCAUAGGCUCGCACGUCUCCUUCCUCCGUGCUGUCUUCUACGUGGUGGCCCAGCUCCUGGGGGGUGUCGCUGGUGCAGCCAUCUUACAUGAGAUCACCCCACCAGAUGCCCGAGAAGGCUUGGCCAUCAACAAGCUGCACAACGAGACCACGACAGGGCAGGCUGUGACCGUCGAGCUCUUCCUCACCUUCCAGCUGGUCCUGUGCGUCUUCGCCUCCACCGACGAGCGACGGGAGGACAACCUGGGAUCUCCCGCCCUGUCCAUCGGCCUCUCCGUUGCCGUGGGACAUCUCCUUGGGAUCCGCUACACUGGCUGCUCCAUGAAUCCAGCCAGAUCUUUCGCCCCUGCUGUGAUAGUCGGAGAUUUCAGCGACCACUGGGUCUUCUGGGUGGGCCCCUUGGUCGGAGCAGCAGCAGCCUCAGUGAUCUACAAUUACAUCCUCUUCCCGCAAGCCAAAACCUUCUCGGAGAGGCUCGCCAUCUUCAAAGGCUUUGAGCCAGAGGAGGACUGGGAGGAGCGCGAAGCCCGCCGGAGGCAGUCUGUGGAGCUCCAUUCCCCGCAGAGCCUGCCAAGGGGGAUGUCGGAGAAGGUGUAG